AGCAGCAGUAGAAAUAUACCACCCUAGAGGACACACCUCCUUUUAGCUAGGUACCUAUAAAUGUCCAGGAUUUUCUAUUCAAUUGAGAAGAACCCAGCAAAAUGGGGAUCUCCACAGUCAUCCUUGAAAUGUGUCUUUUAUGGGGACAAGUUCUAUCUACAGGUGGGUGGAUCCCAAGGGCUACAGACUACGCUUCACUGAUUCCCUCGGAGGUGCCCUUGGAUACAACUGUAGCAGAAGGUUCUCCAUUUCCCUCGGAGUUGACCCUGGAGUCAACUGUAGCAGAAGGUUCUCCGAUUUCCUUGGAGUCAACCCUGGAGUCAACUGUAGCAGAAGGUUCUCUGAUUCCCUCAGAGUCAACCCUGGAGUCAACUGUAGCAGAAGGAUCUGAUUCUGGUUUGGCCCUGAGGCUGGUGAAUGGAGAUGGCAGGUGUCAGGGCCGAGUGGAGAUCCUAUACCGAGGCUCCUGGGGCACCGUGUGUGAUGACAGCUGGGACACCAAUGAUGCCAACGUGGUCUGUAGGCAGCUGGGUUGUGGCUGGGCCAUGUCAGCUCCAGGAAAUGCCCGGUUUGGCCAGGGCUCAGGACCCAUUGUCCUGGAUGAUGUGCGCUGCUCAGGGCACGAAUCCUACCUGUGGAGCUGCCCCCACAAUGGCUGGCUCUCCCAUAACUGUGGCCAUGGUGAAGAUGCUGGUGUUAUCUGCUCAGCUGCCCAGCCUCAGUCAACACUCAGGCCAGAAAGUUGGCCUGUCAGGAUAUCACCACCUGUACCCACAGAAGGAUCUGAAUCCAGUUUGGCCCUGAGGCUGGUGAAUGGAGGCGACAGGUGUCGAGGCCGAGUGGAGGUCCUAUACCGGGGCUCCUGGGGCACUGUGUGUGAUGACUACUGGGACACCAAUGAUGCCAAUGUGGUCUGCAGGCAGCUGGGCUGUGGCUGGGCCAUGUCAGCCCCAGGAAAUGCCCAGUUUGGCCAGGGCUCAGGACCCAUUGUCCUGGAUGAUGUGCGCUGCUCAGGACACGAGUCCUACCUGUGGAACUGCCCCCACAAUGGCUGGCUCACCCACAACUGUGGCCAUAGUGAAGACGCUGGUGUCAUCUGCUCAGCUUCCCAGUCCUGGCCAACACCCAGCCCAGAUACUUGGCCGACCUCACGUGCAUCAACAGCAGGAUCUGAAUCCAGUUUGGCCCUGAGGCUGGUGAAUGGAGGUGACAGGUGUCAGGGCCGAGUGGAGGUCCUAUACCGAGGCUCCUGGGGCACCGUGUGUGAUGACAGCUGGGAUACCAGUGACGCCAAUGUGGUGUGCAGGCAGCUGGGCUGUGGCUGGGCCACGUCAGCCCCAGGAAAUGCCCGGUUUGGCCAGGGCUCAGGACCCAUUGUCCUGGAUGACGUGCGCUGCUCAGGCUAUGAGUCCUACCUGUGGAGCUGCCCCCACAAUGGCUGGCUCUCCCAUAACUGUCAGCACAGUGAAGACGCUGGUGUCAUCUGCUCAGCUGCCCACUCCUGGUCGACGCCCAGGCCAGGUGAGACGCCCAGGCCAGACACGUUGCCGACCAUCACCUUACCUGCAUCGACAGUAGGAUCUGAAUCCAGUUUGGCCCUGAGGCUGGUGAAUGGAGGUGACAGGUGUCAGGGCCGAGUGGAGGUCCUAUACCGAGGCUCCUGGGGCACCGUGUGCGAUGACUACUGGGACACCAAUGAUGCCAAUGUGGUCUGCAGGCAGCUGGGCUGUGGCUGGGCCAUGUCGGCCCCAGGAAAUGCCCGGUUUGGUCAGGGCUCAGGACCCAUUGUCCUGGAUGACGUGCGCUGCUCAGGGAAUGAGUCCUACCUGUGGAGCUGCCCCCACAAUGGCUGGCUCUCCCAUAACUGUGGCCAUGGUGAAGACGCUGGUGUCAUCUGCUCAGGACCUGAAUCCAGUUUGGCCCUGAGGCUGGUGAAUGGAGGUGACAGGUGUCAGGGCCGAGUGGAGGUCCUAUACCGAGGCUCUUGGGGCACCGUGUGUGAUGACAGCUGGGACACCAAUGAUGCCAAUGUGGUCUGCAGGCAGCUGGGCUGUGGCUGGGCCACGUCAGCCCCAGGAAAUGCCCGGUUUGGCCAGGGCUCAGGACCCAUUGUCCUGGAUGAUGUGCGCUGCUCAGGACACGAGUCCUACCUGUGGAGCUGCCCCAACAAUGGCUGGCUCUCCCACAACUGUGGCCAUCAUGAAGACGCUGGUGUCAUCUGCUCAGCUGCCCAGUCCCGGUCGACGCCCAGGCCAGACACGUUGUCGACCAUCACGUUACCUCCAUCGACAGUAGGAUCUGAAUCCAGUUUGACCCUGAGGCUGGUGAAUGGAAGUGACAGGUGUCAGGGCCGAGUGGAGAUCCUAUACCGAGGCUCCUGGGGCACCGUGUGUGAUGACAGCUGGGACACCAGUGACGCGAAUGUGGUCUGCAGGCAGCUGGGCUGUGGCUGGGCCACGUCAGCCCCAGGAAAUGCCCGGUUUGGCCAGGGCUCAGGACCCAUUGUUCUGGAUGACGUGCGCUGCUCAGGACACGAGUCCUACCUGUGGAGCUGCCCCCACAAUGGCUGGCUCUCCCACAACUGUGGCCAUCAUGAAGACGCUGGUGUCAUCUGCUCAGUUUCCCAGUCCCGGCCGACACCCAGUCCAUAUACUUGGCCGACCUCACGUGCAUCAACAGCAGGAUCUGAAUCCAGUUUGGCCCUGAGGCUGGUGAAUGGAGGUGACAGGUGUCAGGGCCGAGUGGAGGUCCUAUACCGAGGCUCCUGGGGCACCGUGUGUGAUGACAGCUGGGAUACCAGUGACGCCAAUGUGGUGUGCAGGCAGCUGGGCUGUGGCUGGGCCACGUCAGCCCCAGGAAAUGCCCGGUUUGGUCAGGGCUCAGGACCCAUUGUUCUGGAUGACGUGCGCUGCUCAGGCUAUGAGUCCUACCUGUGGAGCUGCCCCCACAAUGGCUGGCUCUCCCAUAACUGUCAGCACAGUGAAGACGCUGGUGUCAUCUGCUCAGCUGCCCACUCCUGGUCGACGCCCAGGCCAGGUGAGACGCCCAGGCCAGACACGUUGCCGACCAUCACCUUACCUGCAUCGACAGUAGGAUCUGAAUCCAGUUUGGCCCUGAGGCUGGUGAACGGAGGUGACAGGUGUCAGGGCCGAGUGGAGGUCCUAUACCGAGGCUCCUGGGGCACCGUGUGCGAUGACUACUGGGACACCAAUGAUGCCAAUGUGGUCUGCAGGCAGCUGGGCUGUGGCUGGGCCAUGUCAGCCCCAGGAAAUGCCCGGUUUGGCCGGGGCUCAGGACCCAUUGUCCUGGAUGAUGUGCGCUGCUCAGGACACGAGUCUUACCUGUGGAGCUGCCCCCACAAUGGCUGGCUCUCCCACAACUGUGGCCAUAGUGAAGAUGCUGGUGUCAUCUGCUCAGCUUCCCAGUCCCGGCUGACACCUAGUCCAGAAACUUGGCCAACCUCACGUGCAUCAACAGCAGGAUCUGAAUCCAGUUUGGCCCUGAGACUGGUGAAUGGAGGUGACAGGUGUCAGGGCCGAGUGGAGGUCCUAUACCGAGGCUCCUGGGGCACCGUGUGUGAUGACUACUGGGACACCAAUGAUGCCAAUGUGGUGUGCAGGCAGCUGGGCUGUGGCUGGGCCACGUCAGCCCCAGGAAAUGCCCGGUUUGGCCAGGGCUCAGGACCCAUUGUCCUGGAUGAUGUGCACUGCUCAGGACAUGAGUCCUAUCUGUGGAGCUGCCCCCACAAUGGCUGGCUCUCCCACAACUGUGGCCAUCAUGAAGACGCUGGUGUCAUCUGCUCAGUUUCCCAGUCCCGGCCGACACCCAGCCCAGACACUUGGCCAACCUCACGUGCAUCAACAGCAGGAUCUGAAUCCACUUUGGCCCUGAGACUGGUGAAUGGAGGUGACAGGUGUCGAGGCCGAGUGGAGGUCCUAUACCGAGGCUCCUGGGGCACCGUGUGUGAUGACUACUGGGACACCAAUGAUGCCAACGUGGUCUGCAGGCAGCUGGGCUGUGGCUGGGCCACGUCAGCCCCAGGAAAUGCCCGGUUUGGCCAGGGCUCAGGACCCAUUGUCCUGGAUGAUGUGCGCUGCUCAGGACACGAGUCCUACCUGUGGAGCUGCCCCCACAAUGGCUGGCUCUCCCACAACUGUGGCCAUCAUGAAGACGCUGGUGUCAUCUGCUCAGCUGCUCAGUCCCAGUCAACGCCCAGGCCAGAUACUUGGCUGACCACCAACUUACCGGCACCGCCAAGAGGAUCUGAAUCCAGUUUGGCUCUGAGGCUGGUGAAUGGAGGUGACAGGUGUCGAGGCCGAGUGGAGGUCCUGUAUCGAGGCUCCUGGGGAACCGUGUGUGAUGACAGCUGGGACACCAAUGAUGCCAAUGUGGUCUGCAGGCAGCUGGGCUGUGGCUGGGCCAUGUCGGCCCCAGGAAAUGCCCGGUUUGGCCAGGGCUCAGGACCCAUUGUCCUGGAUGAUGUGCGCUGCUCAGGGAAUGAGUCCUACCUGUGGAGCUGCCCCCACAAUGGCUGGCUCACCCACAACUGUGGCCAUCACGAAGACGCUGGUGUCAUCUGCUCAGUCACCCAAAUAAAUUCUACUACGACAGAUUGGUGGCAUCCAACAACUACAACCACUGCAAGACCCUCUUCAAAUUGUGGUGGCUUCUUAUUCUAUGCCAGUGGGACAUUGUCCAGCCCAUCCUACCCUGCAUACUACCCCAACAAUGCUAAGUGUGUUUGGGAAAUAGAAGUGAAUUCUGGUUAUCGCAUAAACCUGGGCUUCAGUAAUCUGAAGUUGGAGGCACACCAUAACUGCAGUUUUGAUUAUGUUGAAAUCUUUGAUGGAUCAUUGAAUAGCAGUCUCCUGCUGGGGAAAAUCUGUAAUGAUACCAGGCAAAUAUUUACAUCUUCUUACAACCGAAUGACCAUUCACUUUCGAAGUGACAUCAGUUUCCAAAACACUGGCUUUUUGGCUUGGUAUAACUCCUUCCCAAGCGAUGCCACCUUGAGGUUGGUCAAUUUAAAUUCAUCCUAUGGUCUAUGUGCCGGGCGUGUAGAAAUUUACCAUGGUGGCACCUGGGGGACAGUUUGUGAUGACUCCUGGACCAUUCAGGAAGCUGAGGUGGUCUGCAGACAGCUAGGAUGUGGACGUGCAGUUUCAGCCCUUGGAAAUGCGUAUUUUGGCUCUGGCUCUGGCCCCAUCACCCUGGACGAUGUAGAGUGCUCAGGGACGGAAUCCACUCUCUGGCAGUGCCGGAACCGAGGCUGGUUCUCCCACAACUGUAAUCACCGUGAAGAUGCUGGUGUCAUCUGCUCAGGAAACCAGCUAUCAACACCUGCUCCUUUUCUCAACAUCACCCGUCCAAACACAGAUUAUUCCUGCGGAGGCUUCCUAUCCCAACCAUCAGGGGGCUUUUCCAGCCCAUUCUAUCCGGGAAACUAUCCAAACAAUGCCAAGUGUGUGUGGGACAUUGAGGUGCAAAACAACUACCGUGUGACUGUGAUCUUCAGAGAUGUCCAGCUUGAAGGUGGCUGCAACUAUGAUUAUAUUGAAGUUUUCGAUGGCCCCUACCGCAGUUCCCCUCUCAUUGCUCGAGUUUGUGAUGGGGCCAGAGGCUCCUUCACUUCUUCCUCCAACUUCAUGUCCAUUCGCUUCAUCAGUGACCACAGCAUCACAAGGAGAGGGUUCCGGGCUGAGUACUACUCCAGUCCCUCCAAUGACAGCACCAACCUGCUCUGUCUGCCAAAUCACAUGCAAGCCAGUGUGAGCAGGAGCUAUCUCCAAUCCUUGGGCUUUUCUGCCAGUGACCUUGUCAUUUCCACCUGGAAUGGAUACUACGAGUGUCGGCCCCAGAUAACGCCGAACCUGGUGAUAUUCACAAUUCCCUACUCAGGCUGCGGCACCUUCAAGCAGGCAGACAAUGACACCAUCGACUAUUCCAACUUCCUCACAGCAGCUGUCUCAGGUGGCAUCAUCAAGAGGAGGACAGACCUCCGUAUUCACGUCAGCUGCAGAAUGCUUCAGAACACCUGGGUCGACACCAUGUACAUUGCUAAUGACACCAUCCAGGUCGAGGAAGUCCAGUAUGGCAAUUUUGACGUGAACAUUUCCUUUUAUACUUCCUCAUCUUUCUUGUAUCCUGUGACCAGCCGCCCUUACUACGUGGACCUGAACCAGGACUUGUAUGUUCAGGCUGAAAUCCUCCAUUCUGAUGCUGUACUGACCUUGUUUGUGGACACCUGCGUGGCAUCACCAUACUCCAAUGACUUCACGUCUUUGACUUAUGAUCUAAUCCGGAGUGGAUGCGUGAGGGAUGACACCUACGGACCCUACUCCUCGCCGUCUCUUCGCAUUGCCCGCUUCCGGUUCAGGGCCUUCCACUUCCUGAACCGCUUCCCCUCCGUGUACCUGCGUUGUAAAAUGGUGGUGUGCAGAGCGUAUGACCCCUCUUCCCGCUGCUACCGAGGCUGUGUGUUGAGGUCCAAGAGGGAUGUGGGCUCCUACCUGGAAAAGGUGGACGUCGUCCUGGGUCCCAUCCAGCUGCAGAACCCCCCACGCCGAGAAGAGGAGCCUCGGUAGGUGGUCGCUCUCAGACCCCACUGUCCACCGGGGCACAGACCCCUGACUCGGGGACUUGGGAUGUUCCUCUUGGUGUCAUAUUCCAACUCAAAUUGAACCCUACAUUGUGCUGCACCUGGUCAUACGGAGUUGAAUCAGACCAGGUUCCCGCCUCCCCCAAGGCUCAUGGUCCUUGGAGGACCCGUUGCAGGGCGAGGUCAAGAGAGUUCUGACCUGGAUGGCCCAUAGACCUGACGUCCCAGAAUCCAUGCUUCUCAUCUGCAAAAUGAAAAUGUCAAUACUUACUUCUUAGCACUGUUGAGAGGUUUACAUAAAGGAAUUUUGGUGAAACUGCCUCAGCCUGUUCCUGGUGCAAGUCAUUGAGUGCUUGGUAAAUGGUAGUUUUUGUUACUCCUGUUGUUGUCACCCAUGUUAACAACACCAAUGAUGACAGUAUUCCUCACAACGAUAAUAACUGUAACA